GAGUCUUGCAAAUAUCUCAUACUAUUCACAAAGAAAUCUAAGUCUCCUCUCUCUCUUUCUCCAAAUCUAACUAUCAGUAGCAGUUCGUUAUGGCCUCCGAGAAUGAAUUUCCUGCCGAGUUAUCUUCUGUGUUUGAGAGGCUUUUAAGGCACAGGGACCUCUCUUUGUUGUUACCUUUUAUUUUAGGGUUCACCUCCACCAACACCACAGAGCAACGUGACCCAGAUCAAGAAGCACCACAAACAACAGACACAAAUGAAAGAAUCAUCCUUAUAAACCCUUUCACUCAAGGCAUGGUGGUGAUUAGUGGAGCCGCAAGUCUUGAAUCUUUACUUAGAGACAGAGGUAACAAGAAUGGCCCACCACCAGCAUCCAAAGCAUCCAUAGAGGCCAUGCCAAAAGUGGAGAUAGGGGAAGAUAAUAAAGUUGGUGAGUGUGCUAUCUGUUUAGAGGAGUGGGAGCUUGGUGGCGUGGUAAAGGAGAUGCCUUGUAAGCAUAGGUUUCACGGUGGUUGUGUAGAGAAGUGGUUAAAGAUUCAUGGGAAUUGCCCUGUUUGUAGAUACAAGAUGCCUGUUGACGAGGAGGAAUUGGGGAAGAAAAGAGAUGAGGGAGAUGGAGGGAGAGAGAGGAGAGUUGAAAGAGAGAUUUGGGUUAGUUUUGCUUUAAAUGGUAGCAGGAGAAAUGGGGAUUCAAAUGAAAACCCUUCAAGUGAUUCUUCUACGGAGGACCAAGAGAGAUUAUUGUAAGAUUGCCCUCCCCCCCCC